GUGCCAUGAGUUGUUUGAAGAUAUAUUAAUUCUAAGCGAAUAAAGUUAUACUGAGAUGCAUUUCAUCUUUAUGAUCUUUCUACUUCAGUUUUAUUCCGAUUUCUCUUUAUCAGUGUUGCAACUAUAAAUCCGAUCCCCCCUUGCACGCCGGCGGCGCACCUUUUCACCGCCAUUGCCGGGGAUCGGCAGCCAUGUCCACUGUCGCCGUGCCGAGCCCGCCGCCGACGGCCUCCGAGGACGCCGAGAGCUUGAGGAAGGCGCUCCAAGGCAAUGCAUUGCAUCUCGCAGCCAAGCCAUGAGCCCAUGACCAUUUUAAUCUUGUCAGUUUCCUUCCGUUGUUGCGUUGCAAAGCUGACGCGGCGACCUCUCUUCCAUUGAUUGAUACAGGAUGGCGAGCGGACAAGGCUUCUUUGAUCGGGAUCCUGUGCCGGCGGACGGCGGCGCAGCGGGCGGCGAUACGGUGCGCCUACGCCUUCCUCUACCGGGAGCCCCUGCUCAACUGCUUCCGCUACAAGCUCUCGCGACACCACCUCCUCUCCGUCGAUUUCUGGAAAGCCCUGAUCUUAUGGACGAUGGAUCCGGCUGAAAGAGACGCAAAUCUGGUGCACGAGGCGGUGAAGAAGAAGGAUGAAAACUACAUCCUGGUAUUGAUCGAAGUGUCGUGCGCGUCCGCCCCAGAUCAUCUGAUGGCCGUGAGGAACGUCUACCGGAAGCUAUUCAGUUGCUCCAUCGAAGAAGAUGUCGCAUCUUCUCCUGCGCUCCAAGAACCUCUGAAGAAGAUGCUGGUGAGCCUUGUGAGCUCCUACCGGUACGCCGGAAAGCAAGUCGACAUGGACGUGGCCAAGCUGGAGGCGGCUCAGCUGUCAGAAGCCAUCAGAGAGAAGCAACUGCAGAGAGACGAAGUUGUCCGGAUCAUCAGCACUCGCAGCAAGUCUCAGCUCAGAGCGACGUUUCAGCAGUACAAGGAGGAUCAUGGAACAGACAUCGGCGAGGAUAUCAACAGGCAAUGCAGCAGCCAGUUCGGCAGGACGCUGAAGAGCGCCGUCUGGUGCUUGACCUCACCUGAGAAGCACUUCGCACAGGUGAUCAGGUACUCCAUCUUGGGGCUGGGGACGUACGAGGACAUGCUCACCAGGGUGAUCGUGUCGCGAGCGGAGAUUGACAUGAAGCAGAUCAAGGAGGAGUACAAGGCGAGGUACAAGAGCGCCGUGACCCUCGACGUCGCCGGCGACACCUCCUUGGGCUAUAGGGACAUGUUGCUGGCAUUGGUAGGGAGUGAGGACUGAAGAGUGACCCCAACAGUCUACUCAUCUCUUUUCCAGUCAAAAAAAAAACUGUAGUUCGGGUGUGACUGUUCCUGGACUAUAAUUUCGUAGCCUGCUCCAUUUUGGUUGGAAAGAAAAAUAUGCAUGGCGUGUUGACAUA